UUUUACAAAAGUAUCUGAUAUAACGGACUUUUCAACCACAACCGAUGCCACCGCAACCACCUCAACAAUAUCAUAUGGGGACUAUGUGGGAGCCGAUUCAACCAGUAUUCCCACCACUUCUUCCGAAAAAACUUUCUCAACAUCAAAUGCUGAAGCUUCGCACCAUACCACUUAUAGUUCUACAAAAAUAUCUGAUAUAACAAACUUUUCAACCACAACCGAUGCCACCGCAACCACCUCAACAAUAUCAUAUGGGGACUAUGUGAGAGCCGAUUCAACCAGUAUUCCCACCACUUCUUCCGAAAAAACUUUCUCAACAUCAAAUGCUGAAGCUUCGCACCAUACCACUUAUAGUUCUACAAAAGUAUCUGAUAUAACUGACUUUUCAACCACAACCGAUGCCACCGCAACCACCUUAACAAUUGUCGGAACCGAUUCAACCAGUAUUCUCUCCACUUCUUCCGAAAAAACUACAUCAACAUCAAAUGCUGAAGCUUCGCCCCAUACCACUGAUAGUUCUACAAAAGUAUCUGAUAUAACUGACUUUUCAACCACAACCGAUGCCAUCGCAACCACCUCAACAAUUGUGGGAACCGAUUCAACCAGUAUUCCCACCACUUCUUCCGAAAAAACUUUCUCAACAUCAAAUGCUGAAGCUUCGCACCAUACCACUUAUAGUUCUACAAAAGUAUCUGAUAUAACUGACUUUUCAACCACAACCGAUGCCACCGCAACCACCUCAACAAUUGUGGGAACCGAUUCAACCAGUAUUCCCACCACUUCUUCCGAAAAAACUGCAUCAACAUCAAAAGCUGAAGGUUCGCAACAUACCACUGACAGUUCUACAAAAGUAUCUGAUAGAACUGACUUUUCAACCACAACCGAUGCCACCGCAACCACCUCAACAAUUGUGGGAACCGAUUCAACCAGUAUUCCCACCACUUCGCACCAUACCACUGAUAGUUCUACAAAAGCAUCUGAUAUAACUGACUUUUCAACCACAAUCGAUGCCACCGCAAGCACCUCAACAAUUGUGGGAACCGAUUCAACCAGUAUUCCCACCACUUCUUCCGAAAAAACUGCAUCAACAUCAAAUGCUGAAGCUUCGCACCAUACCACUUAUAGUUCUACAAAAGCAUCUGAUAUAACUGACUUUUCAACCACAACCGAUGCCACCGCAACCAGAUCAACAAUUGUGAGAACCGAUUCAACCAGUAUUCCCGCCGCUUCGCACCAUACCACUUAUAGUUCUACAAAAGCAUCUGAUAUAACUGACUUUUCAACCACAACCGAUGCCACCGCAACCAGAUCAACAAUUGUGAGAACCGAUUCAACCAGUAUUCCCGCCGCUUCGCACCAUACCACUUAUAGUUCUACAAAAGCAUCUGAUAUAACUGACUUUUCAACCACAACCGAUGCCACCGCAACCACCUCAACAAUUGUGGGAACCGAUUCAACCAGUAUUCCCACCACUUCUUCCGAAAAAACUGCCUCAACAUCAAAUGCUGAAGGUUCGCACCAUACCACUUAUA